AUGGCGGAGCCUGGUUGCUUCGACCAGGAGUUCACAUGUGAACGGUGCUGUGACACCAGGGCGAUUCCCAUCGGGGAGCUGAGCUGCUGGAUGGGAGACAUCCGCUUUGCCACCUGCUGCGGCCUAACCAAGCUUCGCUUCCAGGCUGCUGCAAUGCUUCCGGCUAUGGAUCACCUUGCUGGGCCGCCAGCAACUUGCCCUCCCAAUGCGCAGGCCCACUGCUUUGACCCCUAUUUCCCCUGUGAGAGAUGUUGCGAUACUCGUAGAGGUGCCCAGGGCGACCUCGCAUGCUGGCCGGACACCGCGCCGAUGGGUUUGCGGACGCUGAGCUACAACUUCUGCUGUGGCUUGAUGCCCUUUGCCAGCAAUGAGCGCAUUGCCUGGUAG